GUGAUCGCCCACCCCUCCCGCCCCCCACCAUGAAGCCCCCUGGGCCCCUCCAGGUGGGCACCGAGGUGAAGCCGCUGCGAACCAGACCAGCCUCACGCCUCCCUGUGGCUCCGCCCCGAGUUUGGUCAGACACGUGGCCCCGGGGCCUGGGAGGGGCCCGGGGAGGUUCUGGGGGUGGCGGUGUGGUGUCGCCACCUCGCCAGCCCCCAGGCCGGCCUGGCAUGAGCUCCGGGGCCGCCCUGCGGCUGCGGACACUCCGGCGACACCUGGGCUGCCCGGAGGGCAGAGGCAUGGAGCCCGGCAGCAGCCCGCUGACCACACACGUACUGGACACUGCCUCAGGGCUUCCGGCCGAGGGCCUCUGCCUCCGUCUGUCCAGGCUCGAGGACCAUGGCCAGCAGUGGACCGAGCUGAGGAAAAGCUACACGGACCCUGACGGCCGCUGCCCUGGGCUCCUGCUGCCAGGCCAGAUGAAGGCGGGCACCUACAAGCUGGCCUUCGACACUGAGGGCUACUGGCAGAAGCGGGGCCAGGAGAGCUUCUACCCGUACGUGGAGGUCGUUUUCACCAUCACAAACGAGACCCACAAGUUGCACGUGCCGCUGCUGCUGAGCCCGUGGUCUUAUACCACGUACCGAGGGAGCUAGCGGCUGACCGGCAGCCGGCCUGCGAGCCCGGACCCGUCACCACGGCAGGCUGAGCCGCCCCCGACCAGCAGGGCAGGCUUGUUGCUCGCGGGCACCAGGGUCACACUUCCCGGGGACGUUCUGGCCCCGAUUUCCCAGUGGCAGCUGUCACUCGGGCUUCAAUAAAGCUGCUGGCAUCUGUGAGGCGGCUGGAGCUGCCCAGCCCCAGGUGGGAUGGGGGCGGGCGUGCGCACAGAGCUGGUGGGCUCGGGCAAGGGGCCGGACGGCACCGUGGGCCCUGGGGGCC